AUGAAUGAUUAUGUAUUUCAGAAAAGAUUGUUUCUUGCUGAACGAAACCGAACCUACUCACAGCCCUAUGCUAUGAUUUCUGUGAUGCAGAUGAUGAACCAAGGUCCAAACAACAGCGGUUUCAAUCUGAAUCCGGGAGCAACGCGAAGUUUACCAACCGGUGCAUUUUGGCCACAACCACCACAACAGACAAGCGAUGCUCAAUCGGAAAGAAGUAAUAGUGAAGCAUCGCCGCCAAUAGUACCGACAAGCACAGCAGUAAAUCAUAUGCCGCACAAUUAUGCACCAGGUUAUCCAGAAUGGCAAGCCGCUCAAAAAGCAUUCGCCGCUGCUCAAAGUGUGAAUGGAGCGGCUGCUGGAGCAAAAUUUCCGCCAGGACCUAGUGGAUUCGAUAUGAUGUCCGCCGCUGUUAACCCUAUGUGCCCGUCAGAAUUCUAUCAUCCCGGCAUAACGUGGCCCGGAUAUCAAUACGGACAACAGUAUCCGUUCGCUACAGGACCGUAUGCGCAACAUAUGAUGGAUAUACCUGGAUUGACAGAACCUUCCCUCGAUUGGACGGGUAAUCAUUCGAUGCGAAAAAAACGAAAACCCUACACAAAAUAUCAGACGUUGGAACUCGAGAAAGAGUUUCUCUAUAAUACGUACGUUAGUAAACAGAAAAGAUGGGAAUUAGCACGAACACUUGGCCUCACCGAACGACAAGUGAAAAUAUGGUUUCAGAACCGACGAAUGAAGGAUAAGAAAGUGAAACAACGUGCAACUGUGGAUGGUGCUGGUUGUGUGAUGAUGCUGAAAGAGGAAUAA